AUGAUGUACGCCGCCGCCGACGCCUCUCACCGGGCAGACGACACAUGGACUCGCAUCGUCUGGUACGCCCGCAGGCGGCCCUACAUCGCCGUCGCCGCCGUUUUAUCUUCCCUCACCGUGCUGGGACUCUUCAUAUCGCCCGGCUGGGGCUCCUAUGACCAGCUACCGGAAGACGGCGCCGACGCUGGCUCAAAGACGAACAUUAGCCCUUACGUCCCGCCACAGCUUGGCGAUGCGACGACCACAAUCAUUCCCGCCGAUGACAACGGCAUCCUCUUAUCAUCGGGGAAUGCCUCGACCACCACCUUCACCUCGCCAAACCGCGCUUACACCCUGAAACUGCGACCGGAUGGCGAUCUUGUCCUCACACACAACGAUGAUGCUGGAUCGCACCCGAUAUGGUCGACUGGGACAGGAGACAACCACGCCAAGGGUGGACACAAGGUUGCCUUCACGACUGAUUCGGAGGGUCAUACGCGGAUGGAGCUGAGAAGGAAGAAGAAAGACGAGGACUGGAGGGUUGUGUGGCACAGCGAUCUCGACCCCCUGUGCAAGAAAACGGGCGUCGGCGAGGACGGACUGCAUCAUAAGGGAUCGCACGAUGCCCAGUCGACGCGCCAAUUCGUUCUAUCAGACAACGGCACGCUGCGCAUCGCCGGCCUCUGCAACUUAUACACGCCGCCGAGCCAACAAAGCAAGCAGCGCAGCCUGGCUGUGCUCGUUUCGGGCCUGUACCGCACCAACAAUGUGACGUGCUACACGCAGGUGAAGAACCUGAUCGAGGCCCAUCCCAGCUUUGCGCGUGUAGAUGUCUUUGCGCGCAUCCUGUAUGAGGAGAAGGACCUGACUGAGCUUAACCGCACGGCCGAGUCUAUCGAAGCGGACGUCAAGGACUGCUACGGCAAGUUCCUCAAGACCGUCACGGUCAUUGCAGCUGCCGAUGCCGAAGAGGACUACCCCGGCGGUAGCGAGGCGAUGUUACAGCCUUGCGGCGAUAAGCUUCGCCGACUCAACAACCAAUUGAAGACGAUUGAUAUCGCCGCCCGUGACUGGUGGGCGUGGACAGUUAAGCAGGGCUUCAAGUACGACACCGUGCUGCGAAUUCGCCCAGAUACACUCUUCCACGGCAAGGACAAGCCAAAGUUCCUGAGCCUUGAGGAUCUGGGCAACUCUCUAAUCCUGCCUCACCCGAAGAAUGAGCAUUAUUUCUAUUGCCCGCGCAUGAGUGGCGCAGUUGGCGUCGGCACAACCGACCAGCUCGCCUACGGAACUCCCGCAGCUAUGUUCAGCUGGCUGCACAUGUAUCGGGAUUUCCCUCAGAUGGUCGACCUGGCUGCGAAUCCGGAUCGCCCAGCCCAUCGCGACUUCUCUGGGUGUGAGGAUCUCCCAUCUGGCCCCGAAGCCAAGGACUGCCCGCGAAAAGCCCCGUGCUCUAUCGAGUGUAUGGUGCCGUGGUAUCUCGAGUCUCGGGGUAUCAACUUCAGUCCCGAAUGGGGCUGGAAUCAGCAUCUUCUCCGGAUGAGGGAUAUCCUCACCGAUCCGGAUGCUAAGAAAGCCGGCGAGGAUAGGGCGAUGGAACGGAAAAAGAAGGAAAACGGAGGCAAAUAA